UCCAUUAAAGAAAAAAUCGGGGAGAGAGAAACAGCGAAGAAAUCCAGAAGAAGAAGAAGAAAGAAGAUGAUAUAUGAGAAAUAAUUAAAACGGAGGAUCGUCUACGAGGAUUUCGGUCGAAAGUUGAAAUCCAACUAAAUCAAAUCCGCCCCUCUUUGUCUCUCUCUCCCUCUAGAAUUUAGCCAAUCUUUAUUCUCUCUUUCUAAAAUUUGACCUAAUUCUUUUCUUCUACUUCUUCUUCUCACUUACCACCUGAAACAAAUUUCCUAAAUAUUUACUGGAAAUUUCCGUUGAAAUUCGUUGUGAUUUUUCAUCAGUUUUGAUCAGAUUAAAGAAUUUUUGAGGGAAUUUUUUUCUUUUCAGAAUUUGAACUACUGUAGUGAUAUAGUUGGGAAUAAUGGUGAGUUCAUCGUUGGUGGAUAGAGCUACGAGUGAUCAGUUAAUUGGUCCUGAUUGGGCUAUGAAUAUUGAGAUCUGUGAUAUUCUUAAUCAUGAUCCCGGGCAAGCAAGAGAUGUUGUCAAAGGUCUUAAGAAGCGCAUUGGUAGUCGAAAUUCAAAAGUUCAACUUCUGGCUCUCACAUUGUUGGAGACUGUAAUCAAGAAUUGUGGGGAUAUUGUUCAUAUGCAUGUUGCAGAAAAAGACGUUCUUCAUGAGAUGGUUAGGAUAGUAAAGAAGAAGCCUGAUUUUCGUGUUAAGGAAAAGAUUUUGAUUCUAAUAGAUACCUGGCAAGAAGCUUUCGGAGGACCAAGGGCAAGAUAUCCUCAAUACUACGCUGCUUACCAAGAGUUGCUGCGUGCUGGAGCAGUAUUUCCUCAGAGAUCUGAGAGGGCACCAAUUUUCACACCACCACAGACACAACCUCUGCCCUCUUAUCCUCAAAAUAUACGCAAUGCCGAUCACCAGCCAGAUGCGCCUGAGUCCUCUGGGGUUUCUGAUCUUCCAACUUUGAGUGUGACAGAGGUUCAGAAUGCGCGUGGUAUCAUGGAUGUCCUUGCUGAAAUGCUAAGUGCUCUUGAUCCAGGGAACAGAGAGGGUCUUAGACAAGAGGUGAUCGUUGACCUAGUUGAUCAGUGCCGCACAUACAAGCAGAGGGUGGUACACCUUGUUAACACGACUUCGGAUGAAGAGCUUCUCUGUCAAGGUCUAGCACUGAAUGAUGAUUUGCAGCGUGUACUUGCCAAACAUGAAUCAAUCGCAUCAGGUUCUGCUGGCCUUGAGAAAUCCAGAACCUCUGUUACCGUAGAGAAACCAAAAACUCUUCAGUCAUUAGUGGAUAUCGAUGAUGCUGUUGGGACUAAAGAUGAUACCGCACAUCCUGAUGGGAGGGCCAGUUCAGGUGCAAGUACAAGCCAGCCUGUUCCGUUGCUGGUACCUGUACCUACAUCCAAUGGUUCGGUCACUCCCCCUUCAGUAAAGGUUGAUCCAAAAAUGGACCUUCUCAGCGGUGAAGAUUUUGACAAUUCACUAGCUCUUGUUCCUGUUGAUGCACCACAGCCCACCACACCUGUAUCAUCUCAGCAGAACAACAUCCUUGCGCUUACCGAUAUGUUUUCACAGAGUAACAUAAACUCAGCUUCUCAGCCAACUUAUGGAGCUGGACAAACUUACCCUCCAACAUCGCAAUUUCAGCCUCAGCAACAACAAACAUUUUAUACAAAUGGCAGUGCCCCACCGUCAUAUGAAUCACCAUUCGGCCAACAACCUAAUCCUUCGUGGAAUGGGCAAGUUGCUCAGGGCUUGAAUCAACAGCAGCCCCAGUCUCCUUACAGUCCUCAAAGCAGCAGUGAGGCCUUCCCACCACCACCCUGGGAGGUUCAGGCAACAAACACAAAUCCCCAUCAACCACCAAUGCAGAUGACUCAGGUAGUGGUCACACACACCCAACCAGCACAAAAUGGCCCAUAUGGACAGCCAAUGGGGAACGAACAAGUUGUGGGUAUGUACGUUCAACCAAUCACCAGUGGCCAGCUAACAUCACUACAAAACCAUCCAAUCCAGAGCAAUAUGGGUAUGCCUAAUCAGCAGCAAAUGCACGGAGGUCAAAUGAUGGGGGGAAUGGUUCCUCCUCAGACAAUGUACGGUGGAAGUCAGAUGAUGGGGGGAAUGGUUCCUCAGACAAUGCAUGGAGGAGGUCAAAUGAUGGGGGGAAUGAUCCCUCCUCAGACAAUGCACGGUUAUGGAGGUGGCAAUUUUAGUUCUGUGAAUAAUCCUCAUAUGAUGCAACAGAGUGGGCAGCACAUGACUCAGCUCUAUGAGCAACAAAGAGCGAUGAUGUAUGGUGGUGGUGGGCAAGAUAACAGUUCAUUGAGGAGCUCUGCUACUUCCUAUUCUUCAUAUAAAUCACCCAUGAAACAGUCCAAGCCAGAAGAUAAGUUGUUUGGAGACCUAGUGGACAUGUCAAAAUUCAAAGCUAAGAAUUCCACUAGUUGAGUAGAAACACUUUUUUUCUCUUUUUUACUUAAUUUUUUUAUGAUGAAGAUAUUCCUUUUUUUUCUCUUAUUUUAACACUGUUUUCGAUAUAUAUUUUUACCCUUUCUUUUAGUCUUUGUUUUGGCGUUCAUAUUUGUGUACAUUCCCUGUAGAGAGAAGGAAAAAAGUAAAAGAACAAAAAAAGUCAGUAGGCUUGAUUCGCUUGAAUUUGUUUUUGAUUACUACGAUAAUUGAUCUUUGUGCAAAA